CUCCUCCCCCUCCCCCCACCCACAACCCCCCCGCUGCAGAUCGGAAAUGGCGCACAGUGAUGUGGCCAAGUACCUGAACAUCGACGAGGACCAGAUCCUCCGGCAGCUCUCCGAGAAGGAGCUGGAGCAGUUGGAUUACGAGUUGGCGGAGAUGGACCCUGAGAAUGCUCUCUUGCCAGCGGGAAUGCGACAGAGAGACCAGACCAAGAAGAACCCGACAGGGCCCUAUGACCGAGACCAGCUGCUGGGCUACCUGGAGAAGGAGGCCAUGGAGGUGGAGGACCGGGAGGAUCUGAUCCCCUUCACCGGCGAGAAGCGGGGAAAGCCAUUUGUUGCUAAGGAGUGCGAGAAGACGCAGUUUGAGAAGGACGCUGAUGUGAUUCUGGAACCAGAGCUGGAGGAAGCUCUUGCCAAUGCAACUGAUGCUGAGAUGUGUGACAUCGCUGCUAUCCUGGGAAUGUACAAACUGAUGAGCAACAAGCAGUAUUACGACGCACUGGGGAGUGGAGGGAUCAUGAACACAGAGGGGAUAAACAGUGUGGUGAAACCAGACGCCUAUGAGUACAAGCCAUUUCCCGAUGAACCCCCCAAUGAUACGAACGUGGAGGACACUCUUGGAAAGAUUAAGAACAACGAUCAGGGCCUGGUCGAAGUCAACCUGAACAACAUUAAGGACAUUCCCAUCCAGACGCUGAAGGAGUUUGCCGAAGCCAUGAAGCGUAACACUCAUGUGAAGAAACUCUCCAUGGCGGCCACUCGCAGCAACGACCCCGUCGCUCACGCUGUGGCUGCAAUGUUGAGGGAGAACUCCGCACUGAAGAGUCUUAAUAUCGAGUCGAACUUUAUCAGUGGAGCAGGCAUGAAGGCGAUAGCUAGCGCAAUGAAAGAGAACAGCACCCUGAUAGAAUUGAAAAUAGACAACCAGCGCCACCAGCUCGGCGAUGUUACGGAGAUGGAGAUUGCCAACAUGCUGGAGCAGAACACAACCAUUGUCCGAUUUGGCUAUCAUUUCACACAGCAAGGCCCACGGGCCAGAGCAAUGGCUGCUCUCACUAAGAACAACGAACUGUUACGACAGCAAAGAAAGCGGUGAGGACCAGCUCGUGGACCCAUCGAUGGAUUUGAAACCAGACUGCGUGUGCCGUCUUCUGUGUGUGGGCUGGGCUGGGCUGGGCUGGGGUGGGGCCUUCGGUCCCCUUUUGGACAGUCCGCAUUGUGUCGAGGGCAACAUGGGUACGUUCGACAGUGUGUCCAGUGCUUUAUUAGACCCUAUGGAGCCGUGACAAGGCUUCCCUCCUUUGCUAGGCUAAUUUGGGGAGGGGAAGACAUGGAUAUCGGAUGGAAGUGAAAUAAAAUGCAGAUGCAA